GUUUGGAAGAUGGAAAAGAGCACCCACAGACAGCAGAUUUGUUCAGUCCAUAAUCCCCUCUAAUUCUAUUGUUUUGUUUUAUUAUAUAUGGUGUUGAGACUGGAGGGAAAUGGAGUUGAGGUUUAUGUAUAAUUUUUAAUUUUUAUAAAAUAAGCACAUUGUUAAACAUAUGUAAAAUGUUAAGAACUACUUAAAAUAGAUUUUUAGAAUCACACCCUCCUCCACUUACCCUCCCCUCCCCCACCAACAACGUGCCUCUUCCAGUUAGUAAUUAGGACAGGCAGGGACAAACCUACAAAAAUUUUUUUCUCUAUGCUAGAGAUCCUAAUCAGAACUGGGCUGCCCCCUUGCGGUCUCUUCGAGGUCAGCUUCCAUCAGCCCACAUCCCCUACCCCCUUGUCUCCGGCGUACUCUCACAAUACAUUAAGGGGCAGAGAAUAGUAAAUUCUGUACGCUGUAAACUCCGGACUUGCCCCCCUCCCUCCUUCAAAGCCUUUCGAGUCUUCUCCAGGGGACAGUGAAGCUGGACAAAAGCAUCAGACACCUACCCUCACUCCGUUCCCUGCGCUAGGAAUCACAGAAUUCAGAGCUCAGGGUCCGGGAAGCCCGGAUAGAAAAGUCAAGAACAACCGAGUUCGGUUUUGACCUCUGAAGUCGUGGAGGGCUGGCAGCUGAGCUGGUAACGUGCUUGGUGGGUUAUGUAAGGAAAGGGCUGGAGGAGCCGCCCCAGCGGGAGCCCGAGAGAGGACGUAGUGUUCUUGGUGGCAGCCUCCACCCUCCUCACCCAGCAGGGUAGGAGGCACCCACCCAACUUGGAGAAGGAGGAAAGGAAGGUGAAGCCGAAACCGGAAAGCCACAAUGGCUGCGCUGCCGAAACAGGCAGAGGGUACACAGAGGCACACAUUCAUUCUCUCACACACGUUGCAGACCCAAGUAGCUGAUGCCUUCCACGUGCUGCACUCGUGAGCAGAGCAGCUCAAAGUGGGUAGAGGAAUCGGCUCUCUAGGAGCAGCCGAAAGUCCCGCAUCCCGAGAGACGCGCCUCAGGUCACGCAACCAGUCUGUACACUCCAGCCUCGUGUCCCCGGCGCCCACCAUCCUAUUUAAGGCCACGGGCUCCGACCUUUUCAACCCUCCCUAUUUUUCCACUUUCGAUCCGCCUCCUUUUCUCCUCACCGGGUCCUCCAAGCUAGACGCAUGUAGGGGCGGAGCACGAAAUACUUCCUUCCAGCCAAUUGUCACCCGACUGCCUUUCUAUUGGCCUAGCCCCUGUGAGCUUCUGUAACAAGAGUCACGUGCCGCCGGCUAGGAAACCAAUGAGGGUGCGGGGUCUGUGUACGCAGGGGGAGGCACGUGCCGAGCUGCACGUGUCUGGGAGGGGGUUAGGGGCGGAACCCAGUGGGAAAGAAGCGGAGGUGGGUAGUCGAGACCUGAGGAGUCGGAGGAGCUGGAGGAAACCUGGGACGAUUCGAGUGACACAGUUGCAGGUUUCGAUCUCUGGGUGCCCCGGGAGCUGCUUUCCAGCCCCUGCUUCUGAACCUAUGGAUUCUCCGUCUAGCGUUUCUUCCUAUUCUUCCUACUCUCUCUUUUCCUCUUUGUCCACCUCCCCAGUGAACAAUGACUUUGGCUUCCCCUCCGAUAGUGAGGAGGAAGACAAGAGGGCCCACGGCCCCAGGUCAGACACUAUUGGGCAGAGGGGAGGUUCCCGGCCCCGUCCCGGUCCUAUCCGCUGCAGGCAACGACCCAAGCUUUCCAGGAACCAGCAUACAGCAUCUCACUCGGGCCAACGGAACUUGGCUUCUCCCAUGGCUGGAUCCGGGGUCAAAAGAUCAAGAGAUGGUGAAUUGGAGACCAUUCUAAACAUCCAGGGUUGUACCACAGAAGGAGACAUGCUUUUUGCUCAGAAGUGUAAAGAGCUCCAAGGAUUCAUACGCCCUCUCACAGAGCUACUGAAUGGGCUGAAGAUGGGUCGCUUUGAGAGAGGAUUGAGCAGUUUCCAACAGAGCGUGGCAAUGGACAGGAUCCAGCGUAUUGUAGGUGUUUUGCAAAAGCCACAGAUGGGGGAACGUUAUCUAGGAACACUACUACAGGUAGAAGGGAUGUUGAAGACUUGGUUUCCUCAUAUAGUUGCUCAGAAGUCAUCAUUGAGCAGUAGUAACAGGCACCAGCUGACCAAGCAUUUUCCAAGCCGCCACAGUUAUCUAGCUGCUUCAUCUCCUGAAUUUCCCAUAAACAAGAUGGACCAGACACAGCUAGGACAUCUAGUAUUGAGACAAAAGCAGCCUUGGCACCUCACUGAGUGGCCAACUUUGAACCUCACUUGGAUCCACACGACUCCAAUUUGCAACCCUCCUCUCAGUUCCCCAGCCACCGUCUCCUUUAGCCACAGUCCCAUAGGCAUUAGCACUAGCAUUGGUGUCAUCGUUUUCAUCCAGCAUGGAGUGCGGCCUUUUACCCACUGUGCCCCAACUGCUCCAGUUCCCUGUACUGCGGCAUCUCCUAUCAUCUCUGGUGAUCCUAAGAAACUCUCUGGAGAGGAGCCUCAUUGCCACAAUUUGCCAGGAACUCUGCCGUCUGACUGGAGCUGUACCUUAUCCCCUCCUGGUAGACCCAGCAUGGCCAGAGAGAUGACCACCAGCCACCUAGAGCAGAUAAGCCAUCUGCCAGUUGCUCCUGAUGUCCAUCCUCUCAACCCUUAAUCCAGGACUUUAGAUUGUGGUUUCUAAUUUGCAUAAAUACAUAGAUAACUUUUUUUUUUACUUUUAAUGUGUGCAUUUAUGUUGAGAGGAGAGAAAUCCUUUCUGAUUAAAGAAAUUUUAUACUUAAA